AUGACAUAUGUUUGUGAAACUUGUAAGGCUUUAGAGUUUAGAGAAGGACAACGAAUUCCUAGAAAAUUUGUUGAAUGCUCUAGAGCAGACCUUUCAAGCUCUUGCACUCUAAGAGGUCAAAGCGGGAAUAUAUGGAAAGUUCAAAUACAAAAAACUGAGAAAGAUGUCCUGUUUGCAGAUGGUUGGGGUAACUUCGUGACUGAUCAUGGUAUUAAGUAUGGUUGUUUCUUGGUCUUUUGCUAUGUUGGGGACUCUUCUUUUGAGGUAUCGGUUUUUGAUGUUACUGGAUGUGAGGUAGAAUGUCCGCACUUCACAAGGAAUACAAACAUGUCCUUGAACACUUCUUGUAGAAGCCUUUUACACGUGGAGAACGAUGAAUCUAAAGGUGCAAGAACAUUGGAAGCUGAUAUUGAUGGCUCUGUAGAAGUAAUCGCAGUGGAUGAGGAAUAUGAUUCAGAUGCUUCAUCUCAAGAAAACAAUUUCAGAGGCAGUCAGAGUGCAAUAUGUCAUGCUGCAGAUAAAGGGAAAGCAAAAGGGAAGAUACAUGAAGAGGAAGAUCUGGAAUUAUCAUCUGAUCACGAGAAGAGGUUUCAUAAACUUCGUCUGAAUGUGAGAAGUGGAACACCUCAAGUGAGAUAACCUCAAAAGUAUUACAAAUCAAGGAGGCGGAAGGUUACAGAGCAAGAGAAGCAAGGUGCACUUAACAAGGCCAUUAUU